CUUAUUCAAUAACACUGACAGAAGAACAUGAGGACAUCGGCAGGUAGAAAUUAGACAAAACGAGUUGUUUUUUUGGACUUGAAGACUUGGCAAACGGCACUGGAGGAUGUCUCAGGUUCUGAGGCUCCUUUCGGCGGCUGCCUUGCCACUGUGCCGGCGGACCGGAGCUGCCCGGGCUCGGCUCUGUGCGGUAACCGCCAGUCGGCUCCUCUCAGGCGGAUACCGGAGCUCGGCUGCCCUGGUCAGUAAACUUUAAAUAUUUCUGUAACAACAGUUAAAAAAAAACAAUCUAUCUAAUGACCAGGUCACCUGACAUACGAGUGAAGAAUAAAAUUGGAAUAGUAAGUUGGUUUAUACUGUGAUUUGUCACCAGCUAGUUCGCCCUCGCACCAAACCCCAGAGUAAAAUCAUCAUUUUAAGGAAUAGUUUGCCUAAUUAACUUUGAAACACUCACUAUUAGAUCCUAUUUGCCUGUAUUUAAUCUACUUUUAAAUUCGGCGUCGUUCAAAAUCAGAAAACACAAAUCCACUGACAAGUAAACACGUUUCUUUGUGUGUAUGUUACUCAAUUGACGAGCAGAACGUUAUAUAGGAGUAACAGGAGUUUUUGUGCUGUAACCAACUGUUACGUAUGACUUAAAAACACCCCAAACUCAAUUGAACCUACAUCUUUUAUUUGGCUGAAGCUUCUGUAUUUAAUAAAAAUGGAGAAAGUGGUUCUAAUGUAAGUAAAAAGUGAGUGAGACUCAGCAGUCAGAAAUGUGAAUUUAAAAAAAAAUGAGCCAUCCUGUAAAAGAAGAGAAAAGAGUUAAAACAGAGACAAGAAACACUGAUAAUAUGUGGAACAUAAACAGAAUUUACAUUCCUUUUGGAAAUCAUGGACAGUAGACCCGCCUGUAAUCACCAUGAGUAUGUCAUCUGUAAAGGCUUAAUGCUGAACAAUAUCUCCAGGUUUAGGAGGAACAGGACUCUGUAGUUGAAGUCACCACAUGGGCUUAAUAUCACUCGUCUGUGAACUGUCCAGUAAGGUCUAAUGAAUCAAAAUCUAACACUCUAAAUCAUAGAUGCUGCAACCUCAGCUUAAAACGAUAUCUCCAGGUUUAGGAGGAACAUCUGCGUCCAUCCAGACAAAGACUUUUUCACCAUCAUGACCCAAAUAAAUAAGACGGAUGAGACAAGAAUGGGACAACCUUUCACUUUAGAAACUCCACAAACUGAUCUCCUCGGUUCUCAGAUGAUGACCAAUAAAUCCCUUUCCCUCUCACUGAGUUAAAAAUGUUAAAGAAGUUUGGUCUCCAUCCCUCAGAGGAGCCGUGUGCAGUCAGAUAGGUGUGCCCACGCUGCUGUCGUUCCCUCAUCAGUCUGACAUUACUCUGCUCUCUCACGGCAAUUUAUGAUUCAGCGUUUGCAUAAGACAAGUCAGCAUCCGAGUUACAAAACUGACCUCAGCUUACGGGGUCAGGUGUCUUUACAAGGACCUCAGUUUGUUAUUCUUCCACAAACUCAUUCCACUUUCUCUCUCGACAUAAUGAAUGAAGGUAAUUCAUCAAGAUUAAAACAGGAUAACAAACAUACAAAGAUAAACCUAUACAUGUAAAAAGCCUUUAAGACUCGCUGUCUUUUAAGGAAAUGAAUGGAUGGAAAGUGUAUUCAUAAUUUUGUGCCGUUUACCUUGUGUCAGUGGAUAACGUUAGAAGAUGAUAAUGACAUAAACUAUCUUGAACUGGUUCUGGAGGUUCUGCAUCUGGAUUUUGAUUCCCAUCCCAGUCAUAGAACUAAUAGGUCCUCUGUGGUCUUUCCAGAACCUUCCUCGGACUCCUGUGAACUUCCUCCCCUGCCGUAGAUUCCAGUCAGCCCAGAGACGGUUCUACUCCUCAGAGCCCAAAGGUGAGCGUCGAAAAAGGAGAAAAUUACAGUCUGAUUAACAACCGGUUCAAUGAAUGAAGUAGUUUUUACUUUACACAAAAAAACAUGAAGAUCCAUUUUUUAAAACUCGUGUUUUUCUUUUAGAAUUAAGUCUGAAUUUUAAGAAAAAUUAUAAUCCGGACCGAGUUAGAAAUCAGAUGUCAACCUUUUAAUUUCAGAGUCCUGAACUUAAAAUUUAUUGAAAAAACUCUUUAUUCAGACUUUUUUCAAAUCCAAAAACUCUCAUUUAAAGUCACUCUGACUAAAAAAGUCUGAAUUUAGAAAAACAGGUCAGACUUGAUGAAUCUCAGAUUUCUGAGUGAAAAAUUCUGAAUUCUAGGAUUUGAAUAAAAUCAUAAUUUUGAGGUUUGAGCAUAGACGCCGUCUGGCUCCUCGUUGGGUGAAGACACUCUGAGUAUAUACAGUCUGUGGUUUUGAGUCUGAAUUCUGUUUUAUUUUUCAGAACUUCUAGAAAAAGGUUGAAUUCAGACUUUUUUAAUCCCAGAUUUCUAAGAAUUUAGUUAGAAUUCAAAGAUUAAAGUCAGAAAAUGAACUUCUUAGUUUUGAUAUUUAGAGAAAAAAGUCAGAACUUCGACCUCGAUCACAAAAUUUUAUGGGAAAAAAAUAGGUAAGAAAAGUUUGACUUUUAUACUUCAUUUUCUCUUUCUUCUUCAUCUUCUGUAGUCCUUUAAGAACUUUUAAGAAGAGUUAAUAACUCCUUAAACAGACGGUAAUUUCAUCAGACAGGAGAUAAUCGCUCUCCUUAAUCACUGAACUCUAGAGGUCGCUGCUGUUGGUACAGGACUGCAGGGUUUUAUAAUGAAAGGUGUUCCUUAUAUUUUGUCCACAUCAAUAAGACAAAGGGAGCAAAAGUUUGAAUAUUUUUCACCUUCAUAGUUUUUUAUGGAUGAAUAUUUUUUGACGUUCUCUCUGUGAGUUUCAGAUGGGAAAGGAGGAGCAGCAGGAGGAGGAGGAGGAGGAAGACAGGGCGGAGGAAAGGGAGGAGGAGGAGGAGGAGGAGGGAAGGACUGGUGGAGUCGAAUACAGAAGGUCAGAUUUCCACACUGAAACCACAAACUCAUCACUGUGAAUAAACUGUGAGUGUUCAGAUAAAAACCUCCUCCUGCUCCUCAGGGAGACUUCCCCUGGGACGACAGGGACUUCCGUUACGUGGCGGUGACUGCAGCCGGGGUCGCCUCCAUCUUGCUUUUCUUUCAAUUCAGAGACGGCGGCAAAGAGAUCACCUGGAAGGACUUUGUGCACCGCUACAUCGGCCGAGGACUGGUGAGGAACACGCUGACACUCAAAGCCUCCUCCUUAAAGGGACAGUGUGUGUGUUUUUGUGUCUGCAGAACCAGAGAAACCACAUCUCUGCACCUCCUGGUCAAUGUUCCUCCUGCAGCGUACAGAUCGAGAUAGAUCAUCGUUCGUUCUUUCGAGUUUUCAAAUAAAAACACAGAUUUUUAACGUUUUUAGGUCCACAAACUUCCAAAGUGAAUAUUUGUUUGAGUGAUGGUCUCUCCUCUGCAGGUGGAGCGGUUAGAGGUUGUGAACAAACAGUACGUCAGAGUGAUCCUGGUCCCCGGAGCGGACUCUGAUACGGUGAGGAGCGGAUCGUUUUCAUCAAACCUGCAGGACUCAGAUCUUUAUUUGAAGUAUCGAUGCAGGACAAAAUAAAUAAACUUUAUUUUUCAUGUAUUGAAUCUAAACUUUCUAAAACGCUCUCUCUCCGGCGUCAUGUGACCCGCAGAACUACGUGUGGUUCAACAUCGGCAGCGUUGACACCUUUGAGAGGAACCUGGAGGCGGCUCACAUGGAGCUGGGUUUGGAGCCGUCACGCCGUCCUGCGGUGGUCUACAGCAGCGAGAGCGACGGGUGAGUUUGAGUGACAGGUUUGAGUCCUGUCAGUCAGCUGCUAGUAUUAACCCUCCUCUCCUCUCUCCUCCUCUCCUUCUUUCCUCAGCUCCUUCCUCAUCAGCAUGGUCCCCACCCUGCUCCUGAUUGGCUUCCUGCUCUUCACGCUGAGGCGAGGGACGAUGGGAGGAGGCCCCGGCGGCGGGCGUGGCGGCCCCUUCAGCAUGAGCGAGUCGACGGCGAAGAUGAUGAAGAACAACAUCGACGUGAAGUUCAAGGACGUGGCGGGCUGCGAGGAGGCCAAACUGGAGAUCCUGGAGUUUGUGAACUUCCUGAAGAACCCGCAGCAGUACCAGGACCUCGGGGCCAAGAUCCCCAAGGUACACGUACACACACGUACACACGGGGGCGCUGUGGCGGGAUCAGGGUUCGAUGAUGGCAGUGAAAUGACUGUCUGGUGUCCUGUUGUGGUCUCAGGGUGCGGUCCUCUCUGGACCUCCAGGGACCGGGAAGACCCUGUUAGCCAAAGCCACCGCCGGAGAGGCCAACGUCCCCUUCAUCACCGUCAACGGCUCCGAGUUCCUGGAGAUGUUUGUGGGCGUGGGUCCGGCCCGGGUGAGUGUGAACGCUCUGAGACAAUGGCGUGAACCUGAAGGAAGCGGACAGUCCGUUUAGAUGUCUCUCCUCCGCAGGUCAGGGACAUGUUCGCCAUGGCCAGGAAGAACGCCCCCUGCAUCCUCUUCAUCGAUGAGAUCGACGCCGUGGGGAGGAAGAGAGGGGGCGGGAACUUUGGGGGUCAGAGCGAGCAGGAGAACACGCUGAACCAGCUGCUGGUGGAGAUGGACGGUACGUCUGAGACAAACGGACGUUUUUUUAAAAGAUGGAGGCGGCGGGUUAAAAAUGUCUGUUUUUAUGUCUUUAUUUAAAAAAAAAAAGGUUUCAACACGGCGACCAACGUGGUGGUCCUGGCCGGAACCAACAGACCCGACAUUCUGGAUCCGGCUCUGAUGAGACCGGGACGCUUCGACAGGCAGAUCUACAUCGGUGCGGUUCUACGCUGAAACUAAACUCAGGGAUUUAAAGCUCCUGUAACUUUCGCCGCUCUUUACUCUCCUUUGACUCUGUGGGUGUCUUCAAUCAGGUCCUCCGGACAUCAAAGGCAGAGCGUCCAUCUUUAAAGUCCACCUGAGACCCAUCAAACUGGACCCCAACAUGGACAAAGACGUCCUCGCCAGGAAGAUGGCGGCUGCUACUCCGGGGUUCACCGGUACGUUACUGUCGCUCAGAUUAAAGUCAGGAGGGAGACAAAGUUUUUCAAGAGUUUUCAAAAAAGUGUUUUCUUCAAAAAAUUCAGUUUCACACCAACUGAACAGGAUGAGAGUUAAUAUUUUAUAAAAUAAUCUCUAGAUGGAUAUUUAAAAAAUAAAUAAAUUAUAUUAAUAAUAUAAUUAUAUUAAUAAUAUUAACAAUAACAAUAAGAAAAACGAUAAUAAUAAUAAUGAUAAUAAUAAUAUUAAUACAUAUGAUAGUUAUUAUAUGAAUAAGAAUAAUAAUAAUAAUAAUAAUAAUAAUAAUAAUAAUAAUGAUAAUAAUAAUAAUAAUAAUAAUAAUAAUAAUAUUGAUAAUAAUACAUUUUUAUUUGUUUUGCCCUUUACAUGAAGAGACCCCAAAGGGCUACACCUUAAAAUCAAAGAAAUAUCACAGUAAAGUAAUAAAAAAAAAAAAACAGGUUAUUGGUGAAAAAAAAACAAAAGAAACAUCUUAUUAAAAAAGUAAAAGCAGUUUUUUUUUUAAAUAAAAAAGAAUCCAUAAAGAGGGACCAAAAGUUCUGUUAAAAAAGACGUUUUGAGUCUUUUUUUUUAAUACUAAUAACUGUUGGAUUUCUGAAAGAAAACUUCACAAACUUAAAUCUGAGAAGAAAAGUUUUAAAAACAGUUUUAAAAGUCAACGCUGAAAAAAGUUUAGAGUUUCAUCGAUGAAAAGAUGAGUCAGAAAAAACAAACAUUAGAUUUGGUGAUAUUUGAAAUAAAAAUACAAACAAACAAACAAAAAAAUGUUUUUCCUGUUUUUAUUCGUCAGGAGCCGACAUCGCAAACGUCUGUAACGAAGCAGCGCUGAUCGCCGCCAGACACCUGGACCCGUCUGUCAACGCCAAACACUUUGAGUACGCCAUCGACCGGGUCAUUGGAGGUCAGUGGUUUAAUGAACGUGUGUGUGUGUGUGUCUUUUUAAUUUAUUUAUUUGAUUCAGACAUUAGCACAUUAAUUGACACGUCAGCAAAAGCAUCGAUGUAAAUAUGAAGUUAUCAUAAAUCAGAGGUCGGCAAUUAUUUUGUCUGAAGGGCCUCGUCGGGCCAGGUGGUGAAACCAACCCCCAAAUAUGGAUGAGGGUUAACUCAUAAUCCUGCUUGAUGACAGGGAGAAUAUUUUUGAAGAGCCUGUAAACUGGCCCCUCCAGAGAUGGUCGAUGACGCUUUAAAGGAUCUUUGGCCCCACGUUCUUGAGAUGUUAGAGAGCUGGAUAAAGGGGGUGGGGUGAAGGGAUGACACUUUUUCUAACAAAUCAAGCUCACGAUAUUUGGCUCGUGGAGUAAUGUUCCUUUUUUUUGUGACGGCUCUGUGGGCCAGAUGAAAUUGUUAACCACUUUCGUUUGAACUUCCUCUGAGAGCGUCUGGUUUUUGAGUUCGCGGGUCCUAACAGAGCUGCAGACUGACUGAAGACCCUCUUCUAUGUUUCAGGUCUGGAGAAGAAGACUCAGGUGCUGCAGCCCACAGAGAAGAAGACGGUCGCCUACCAUGAAGCAGGUCACGCCAUCGUGGGCUGGUUCCUGCAGCACGCCGACCCGCUGCUGAAGGUCUGACUUCCUCCUGCUGGUUCAGUUUCCUCUGAUGGUUUGACGUCUCUGUACUCAGGUUCAGUUCUGGUCUGUGUGGGCGUGUGUGUGCAGGUGUCCAUCAUCCCCCGGGGUAAAGGUCUGGGGUACGCUCAGUACCUUCCCAGAGAGCAGUACCUGUACAGCAGAGAGCAGCUGUUCGACAGGAUGUGCAUGAUGCUGGGGGGCCGCGUGGCCGAGCAGACCUUCUUCGGCAGGAUCACCACCGGAGCUCAGGACGACCUGAAGAAGGUCACACAGUCCGCCUACGCCCAGGUGAGCGCUCACACCUGCAGCGUCGCGGUUAGAGUUCGCUAAACGCCGCUCUCUUAAACCCUCUCUCUCUCUCUCAGGUGGUGCAGUUUGGGAUGAGCGAGAAGGUUGGGCAGGUGUCGUUCGAUCUGCCGCGGCAGGGAGAGAUGGUGAUGGAGAAGCCGUACAGCGAGGCCACGGCCGAGCUGAUCGACGAGGAGGUCCGGGAGAUGGUGGAGCGAGCGUACCAGAGAACCAUGGAGCUCAUCCAGGAGAAGAAGGAGCUGGUGGAGCUGGUCAGUUCUGAGAGUGAAAACACCUCCAUGUUUGUAAAAAAUAUAGAUGACGAUAAUUUAAAGAGUUUCCUCCUCAGGUGGGGCAGCGUCUCCUGCAGAAGGAGGUCCUGGAUAAAGCCGACAUGCUGGAGCUCCUGGGCCCCCGACCGUUCGAGGAGAAGUCGACGUACGAGGAGUUUGUGGAGGGGACGGGGAGCUUCGAGGAGGACACGACUCUGCCCAAGGGUCUGAGAGACUGGAACCAGGAGCGAGGAGAGGAGGCGGAGGAGGCGAGCCAAACUCAGGACAAACAGCAGGCCAUGUAGAGACGGGAAGACCGGACCAGAACCAGGAAUGCUGCAGAAUAACUGAACCAUGGGGGGGAGGGGAUCAUGAACCGUUAAACUCUCAGGAUUAUCGUCUCUGUUACAGUAAAAACCUCUCAGGUUUAACUCUGAUCUGACCUCUGCUGCUGUGGACUGACUGAAACUUGACCUCAGACUAGACCGGGUUUUAGAGAGAUUCAGGGUCUGAUUCUCCUCCCUGAUCUUCACUGAAAACUUCCUGAAUAAGUCAAAACAUGAAAUGAAGAGAGUUUGUAGUUUUAUCUGCUCGAUUUUAACCUUCAACUCUUCAAAUCUGAGCGAACCAAAGUGUUUGUGUUCAUCUUUAAUCCUGGAGACCGUCUGAGGACAUGUCUGAUAUCUAAAGUAGAAACAGGGCAGAGGUCAGAAACAGCUGCUCGUUUUCCUUUUUCAGACUGUUUUUGUGAAUCACAUGGAAAACAGUUUAAUUUUAAAUCCUCAUCAGAAUAUUUUUAAAGUUUAUUUUCUUAAAACUGACAAACCAAGAAAAGUAAAGGUCCAUCGAGUUGUUUUUACUUUAAAGCUCCUGUGAAGAAGUUUGUGUUUGUGUUGAUUCUGGCGCCCCCCUGUGGACGAAGUGAUACCUCUUCUCCCUUUGCUGGUCUUGUUCCUAUUUGUGGCUCGUGAAUUGUCUUAACAUCAGUGAAGAAAAACUCUGAAUCCGCCUUUAAGGGAGACCAACAUGGACGGACUGUUUCUGAAGAUCUCAGACUGAUUUUGUCUCUUUUAUUUAUUCCAGAAAAAUUGAGUUUUUCUCACGAGGAUGAAAUAAAAACUCACAUUUUCUGCAGGUUUUGAUAUUUAAAGUUUAUAGUGUGAAGUUAUUUCUGAUUCCUGCCGCUGAUUUUUGACUUUAUUGACUCAAAAUGUGGAUUUUUUUUUUCUAUAAACACACUGAUGCUGUAAAAAUGUGCUGAUGAUUGUAAGCUUUUGUGUCAUAAUGAGUGAAACGAGCUGCUACAUGAUAAAGUUUAUUUUCACUCCGACGGGUUUUUACUCGUUUGGAUGAAAAACCAAAUAUGCAGAGUUUUUUCUCUUGAAUCAGGUUUUAUUUUUAUGGGAUAAAAGUAUUUCAAACUUUGGACAUACUGUUGCAUUAAGUGAAAUAUUAACUUUAUUAAAGUUUCUCUCCUGUAAAAUGAA